GGUCGGCUCGGUUGCGCGUACCGGUCCAAUUUAAAAUACACGACGCUGGUUUCCGACCACCCUAAGCAAACGGGGUGGUAGUAAAUAUUUGUGACUCUUUAUAUACAUGUGUGAUAGUGUGAAGACAAUUUUGUGAUAAACAUUUUAGUUUUAAGCUAAGGACGUAAGGUUGUGACCUGUGAUGUCAUUGGACAGUGAUUAUUAUUUUGACAUUCCUUUUUUAAAUCUUGUUUAUAUGUGUGUACGCGGCUUGUAUAUAAAUUUAGACUUUUUUGGAUAACUUUAGUGUUGAUAAGUGAUAUCGUUUAGUACCUGCUUUUGAUUUGAGAAACAAAGUGGCUUAUACCUGUGACAAUAACAAUAACAACGGAUGUAAUAUAUUGUACUAUAUAUAUGUGACUGUGAUUAGUAAUGUACCUGAAAAUGUAUAUAAAAUCAGAAAGAUUUUACCAACAACCUGACAAUCAGAACUUGAAAGAAGACAAAUGCUUCUCUGAUUAUGAGGAAGAAUUGGUUGACCGUGAAGGCGGCGGCGGCGGCGGGGGAGCGCGGCGGUGCGCGCGCGACGCGGCGUCGCCCGCGCACGCACCGCCGCCGACGCCAACCCCUGCGCCGCACGCGCCGGUCAAGAGCGAGCGGCUAAGCCCGCACGACUCCAACGCUUCCAGGUCUCGUAGUGUGACCCCAUCGACGUCAUCGUACCCCGGCACGCCACCAGAGCGCGGUAGCCCGCACGCGCCCGCGCCGCCUACGUCUGCGCACCCACCACGCAACUAUUCAGACAUCAUGCGCUCACUCGCCGCGCGGUACAACACACAUAACAACAAUGACUAUUACCACCGCAUGAAUGGUUUCGGCGAGGUGCGUACAUCGGCGCCCGCGCAGGACGCGACAGACGCGCCGCUCGGCGGACUGUUUACAAAACUAGCCUGCAAACAAGGUGGACCACCACGGCUGCCUGCCUUCCCUGUCAUGCUGGAUAUGAGCUCCACUAAGACGUUGCUGGCGAUAUCGCGGGUGGGUCGAAGUGGGAGGUCGCGGCGUAAGCGCAAUGGCGCGGGCGCACCCGAGCACUCGCCGCUCGACCUGUCCGCGGCGGGCGAGAGUGCCGCAAAGCGCGCGCGACUCUCUGCCAGCCCCAGCACCAGGAGCGACAGUGAUGACAGGGACCGAGUCUCUAAUGAUGAACGUAGUGAUGCGCGUGGUGAGUGCCUAUGCGCAGAAGCCCGUGCCCGCCUCUCCGCCUGGUCAGUCGACGAAGUUUGUGACUUCAUAAACUCAAUCGAUAUCUGUGCCGAAUACGCAACGAAUUUCCGUGAACAAAGAAUUGACGGAGCUGGUCUCCCUCUUCUCACAGAAGAUCACCUAACAGGGAUGCUACAGAUGAAGUUAGGGCCGGCUCUCAAACUGCGGGCUGUGCUGGCGAGGCGGCUGGAGCCCUGCGCGCAGUGUCAAGCAGCGACCAACACCCUAGCUAUAGCGCCCAGGAUAAAUGGCGCUGCGCUCAAGUCGGAGCCCCGGAGCAACACAACCAGCCCCAGUUAGGGUCACUUCGAAAGUACCUAGUAUUUUUAACGCAUAUCGUUCCUGCACAACCGCUUUUUGUUUACAUAGAAAAUACAAGAUUCUUCUCUUAUUAAUUCCACCCUAUACAGUAUGUUUCAUGUUGUACUACUUUGUUUAUUUUCUGUGGAAAUAAAGAGCUGUAUUUAUGAUACAUUAACUAAGACAUUGACGUCUGAAACCAUUUCUAAGGCCGUUGAAGUAUUUGGGUCCUGAUUUCAUUUGACAGAUUUCGAAUCAUUUUUAACAAUCAUAAUAAUACUAGUUUAAUUAUAGUCAUCUGCCUGCAUUCGUACAGUCUUCUUGUUCAUAGAUUUUGCAUUUAGUUACUAUAAGACGCUUUAGUUAUUACUUUUAGUUAUAUAAGAUUUUUGUUUUGUAUAUAAUAAACGAGUUGCCGUCCAAAUGUUUUAAAUGUAAUACUUGCG